CCGUCCUACCAUGAGAUUAGAUUCUGGUCAUGAAAGUCUCGACGCACCCUCGAGUGACGCGCGUCCGAUCCUCGAGUCCGCUUUUUGCCUUUAGCGCGAAUUUUCGGGUGAUUAUAUUUUGCUCAACUCAACGCUAACACAAUUGUUAAUUUAUUCACUUAAAUAGUUAAUCUAAUAGCAACUUAUAUAGCUCAAUAUUUACGUAAAUAAAUAAUUAUCAAGCGAGUGGCGGAUAUAAAAUAAUAUUUUACUUUUUACGAUACAAGAAAAUAAAUCAGCUUUAAGCUACACAACCGUUGUUAUGCACAGUCCAAAGAUGCAAAAGUCCGUGAGAGUGAACGAUUCACAAAUACUAAUGAUGUCAGAAAGAGCUCAUCGUGAUCACUCUCUUGCUGGCUAUUUACAUAAACGAACCGCUGACUUAACUAAAUGGCAACUUCGAUGGUUUGUUCUAUAUCAGAAUUUAUUAUUUUAUUACGAAAAUGAAUCAUACACUCGGCCUAGUGGCAUCGUUUUACUUGAGGGUUGUUAUUGCGAUCGACUGAUACCAACUCGAGGGAAAGAGUCGGAAAAGCAGUAUUGUUUUGCUAUCUCUUAUCGACGUGAAAAUCAGCGCCAGUAUGAGCUAAAAGCACCCACAGAAACUGAUUGUAAAACAUGGAUUGAAGCAAUAAGGGAAGCCAGCUUCAACAAGCUCCUACUACAGAAGGAAGAACUUGAACAGAAACACUUGCACCUGUUGCAAAUAGUUGAGAGUGAAAAAACUGCCAAGUGGCAAUACACACAACAAUGCGAAGACCUUGCUUCAGAAAUAAAAAAAUUACGAGCAGAAUUGUGUGCUUUGAAACGAGAGCUGCGACCAAAUCCAAUACCUUUCGUUUUUCCUGCUCGUGGAGCAUUACAGAGAACUUUAUCUCAUAGCACUGGAUGCGAUAUGAACUCUACGGGAGCUUAUUCAUCUUUUAACACGGGAUAUAGAUCACAUCUACAUGGAUCCAAUAUAAUGAUGGAGGGUCUUAGAGGAAUCGCCGAAGGAUCUGCUGAUAUAGAAAAAAUAAAAAAAGUUCAAAGCUUUUUCCGGGGCUGGCUGUGUCGACGACGAUGGAAACAGAUUGUAGAACAGUAUAUCAAAAGUCCACAUGCUGAAAGCAUGCGCAAACGAAAUAGUUUAGUAUUUAAAAUGGUUGAAACUGAAGAAGAAUACACAGAGCAAAUGGAAGUAUUGGUUAGCUGUUUCUUGAGACCAUUCAAAAUGGCAGCAAGUUCCAAAAAACCACCAUGUAGUCAUGAAGAUGUAAAUAGUAUCUUUCUAAAUAGUGAAACAGUAUUAUUUCUACAUCAAAUAUUUCUCAAAGGCCUCACAUCUCGUAUGGAAAGUUGGCCUACUCUAGUGCUUGGUGAUUUAUUUGAUAUGUUACUACCGAUGCUUUCUAUUUACCAAGAAUACGUACGAAAUCAUCAUUACAGUCUCCAAGUUUUGACCGAAUGUAAACAAACUCCUUCAUUUGCUGCUCUUCUGACUCGUCUUGAGAAUAAACCUGCUUGCAAAGGGCGAUCUCUUGAGACAUUUUUAACUUAUCCUAUGCGUCAGGUUCCACGAUACAUCGCAACUUUACGUGAGGUCCUUGCUCAUACUCCUUAUGAUCAUGUUGAACGUAAGAGUCUUCAAAAUGCUGCUCAACAAUUAGAAGAUUUAUCAAGACAAAUGCAUGAUGAGGUCAGUGAAACUGAAAACCUUAGAAAAAACUUGGCAGUUGAAAGAAUGAUUGUAGAGGGAUGUGAUAUCCUUUUGGAUGUUAAUCAAGUGUUUGUAAGGCAGGGUACUUUAAUUCAAAUACUAGAUAAACCUCGUGGAGUGCGUAGCAGAUUGAGUGCAACCUUUGGAGGGAAAGGCAGUGGUGAUAAAGAAGCCGUACGACAGUGUUUUUUAUUUUCUUAUCAUUUAAUAAUUACAACUCGUCAAUCCGACGAUGACGGUCGCCUAAAUCUCGUUCCUAACAUAGGAAAAAUUCCACUCUCUGAUGCGAUUCUCAUUGAAGAUCCUAGUGAACCAACCGUAGUAGAUGAUGACGAACUAUCAGUCUGUUCGGUAUCAAGUGAAGUCAGUGAAAGCAGUGGUAGUGGAAGUGGAGGUGGAGUCACUGCCCCUUUAAGCAAUCGAGAUUUUAAAAUUGUUUUAGAUGUGAAAUCAACUCCAGUGUCGAUACAUUUUGUAGCUCCCACUAUGCAGGAGAAAGCCGCAUGGAUAAGUGAUAUAAGUCAAUGCAUGGAUAAUGUACAUUUUAAUGACCUGUUGCAUGGAACUCUAUCGGACACAAGUUCCGUAACAAUGCCUCAGUCAAUACCAAAUGAUCCAAAACUCUUCAAAGAUGACGUUGACAUCAGAUUUAGUCGAACUUUGAAUUCAUGCAAGCUUCCGCAAAUUCGUUAUGCUACUCCAGAGAGGCUUUUAGAACGACUUACAGACUUGAGAUUCCUUAGUAUUGAUUUUCUAAAUACAUUUUUACUUACAUAUCGUGUAUUUACUGAUGGUGUAACAGUUUUGAGAGCUUUGAAGAAAGUUUUUUACGAAGCUGAACCACCAGAAGCUUCAAUGCCAACUGGAUCUCUAGUUUCUUUAGACAGAAUAACAGACAUGACUGGAGAUGGUCAAUUACAUUUAGACGAUAGACGUAGAAGUAGUUCUACACCGAGAAGAACUAGUGGUGCAAGUUCUGUAUCAGGGUAUGGCUCUGAAGUUAGUGAUUCUCGUGAAGCGAGAAGCCAUAACUAUUAUGAAUCUAUUUUGGGCUCUCAAACAUUAGCUCAAAAAGGAUAUUGGAGGUCGGGACAUCGUAAACUAGAAGAAGAACAACCAUUGGAUUUGAUAUCAGAAGUUCCCUCGAUUCUUAAGUGCAGUCCUACUUUGCAGUUACCAGGGUCUUCUUCAGGCAAACAAUCUCCUAAGACUCAACGUAAAGUUAGCAUCAAACAAGAAGAUUCCGAGGAGUAUGGAAGUCAUCUUACUAUCCCUAAAACUAUGGCAGGUUCUUCGAGUUCCGAAACUUUAACAGAUAUAACAGCACAUAGUGCCCUAUCAUCUCCAAGCAACAUGAGUUCGGUAACUCUAGUAGGAUCUACUGGAUCAGGAUCGGGAUCAGGAUCUGAUAGAAGCCCUCAAGAUCAUAUCCAUUGUUCUAGAAGUGUAUCUGAAGAUUCUGAAACUCCAUCAACUACAAAAGUGAUGUCCAAAGAUGAAGUUCAAUUUACGUAUGACGACACUCCAUUAUCACCCAAAUCUCCAAAGUUUAGUCCGAGAUCAAAGAUAUCAAGGAAUCAACGAUAUAAGCGACGAGAUUCAGACAAAGAUGAAUUAAAUUGGACAGAUGAAGAUACUGCACCUCCAAAUGAUAGUAAUUAUGUUGGUCAUAAUCGUAUUCAUGGUCAAUAUCACUCUGACCCACACAGAGAUUCGAUCACUUCUGCUCCACCGGCGUCCGUGAGAAGUGGAUCGAUCUCUACUGCUAUUGGGAAUUAUUGGGCUGGUAGAAGAUCAUUUCAAGAGGGUGAAAAUAGUCCUGCUAGAUCAUCUUGUGUAUUUCAGCAUGAUGCAAGUCAAGUAUCUAGCAAAGCUGGAGUUGUCAUUACCAGUUCUAGACAAAGUCACAGGAGGAGCAGCACAUCUACAGCAGCAACUGCGUUUGCUAUAGCUACAUCUGCAUCUAGUAAUCCUCCAGAUAAGGUACCUAGUCGUUAUACUGAUGGAAAUAAUCGAAGUGGAUCAUGUCGUGAUAGAAACAAACGUAAAGAACCAGUUUCAUCAGCAGCCACUCUACGAGUGCUGAAUGUCUUAUCACAUUGGGUAUCUAAACAUGCUCAAGACUUUGAAUUGAACCAUGAAUUAAAAAAUUUAACCAUCGACUUUUUAAAUGAAAUUAUCAGCAAUCCUAAUUUGCUACCAACUGAACAUAAGACAGCUAGUCAAUUGUUGAGAUUGAUUAGCAGAGAAGAGCCUGAAAACAAUAAAAUUGACUUGGAAAAGCUUCUAACUCCUCCAACGGUUCAAAGUAAAGAAAGCAUUGAAACAUUAUCAGCAAUAGAAAUAGCUGAACAAAUGACAUAUCUAGAUCACAGAAUAUUUAUUAGUAUCGCUAGCGAAGAAUUUCUCGGUCAAGCAUGGAUGAAAACAGACAAAGCAACACGAGCACCACAUAUUAUUCUCAUGACGAAGAGAUUUAAUGAAGUUUCGCAGUUGGUUGUAUCGGAAAUCGUUCGUCAUUCCAAUAUAGCAACAAGGGUAGCAGUAAUUGAAAAAUGGACUGAAGUUGCUAAUAUGUGUAAAACGAGUCGCAAUUACAAUGGUGUACUUCAAAUAUGUGCUGCAUUUACAAAUAGCAGCGUUUACAGAUUGAAAAAGACUUGGGAAAAAGUUUCAAAAACAACUAAACAAUCAAUUGAAAAACUUCAAAUGAUUGUUUCAUCCGAUGGACGUUUUCGAAAUUUGAGAGAUGCACUGCAUAGAUGCGAUCCACCAUGCAUUCCCUAUCUGGGAUUAUAUCUCACGGAUUUAUCAUUUAUUGAAGAAGGAACUCCAAAUUUCACUGAAGAUGGGCUUCUCAAUUUUUCAAAAAUGCGAAUGAUUGCCCAUGUUAUUCGAGAGAUUCGUCACUUUCAGCAAACACCAUUUAAAAUCCAACCAAUUAAAAAAGUGAUAAAUUAUUUAUUAGAUACAUCACUACUGCUUGACGAAGAUGACUUGUACCGAAUGUCACUGGAGAUAGAACCAAGAACAUCAAGAUUGAGUAGUGUAGCACUUAUUAAUAUUCCACCAACCGUUGGACAAACUUCGUUAAAAAAGGACAAUUAAUUUUCUAGGUAAGACAGAUGAUUUAUCGUUAAAUAUAACUUAAAAAAUUUAAAUUAUUAUUAAAUGUAAUUUUA